UUUACUUAAAUGUCAGUGAAGGAGGGAGUUGUGCGUGCAACAGUUACAUAAGAAAGGAAGUAUGACAACUAUUGGAUCUCGUUGUUUUGGUGUUAGUGCUGUGAAGUGGUAGUGUUGUCAACCGUUUGUGUGAUCUCUGAUCGUUGUCAUGGAAUCGUACGAUGAAGAUCUCAAUGAAAAUCCUUUUUUUCACAUGUUGCAGACGGAACACACAGAAUUGUUUCAGAAAGCAACUGUCGAAGGAUGGAUAAUUUGUGUACCGUGUGAAGGAUCAGUGCCAAAGUACGCUCUUACCGUAGAGGAUUUUUUUAGCCACAUCCUGAUUCCGAGCGACGAAUUACCAGAGAGUCAUUUUAGAACGCUAAAUGAUCGGGACGUCCGUAUUUGUAAUCGUGUGGUUACAGUGGAAGAAAACGAUAUUUCGAGACCCGUGACAACUCAUAUUCUGUUCGAAGAAACGUAUUACACAGAUGAUCUAUUGAAGUAUAAAGUAUUAUGUUUAGAACACCCACUUGAACGUCAUUCAGAUUUUGGGCCAGUGAGCAGUAACUCCUCAGUCGUCAUUAGUAUUCAGACUUUGAGGGACUGUAUAGACUUGUUGUGGACGGAAAGUAGAGGUAGGGAUGUACUUGAAAAAAUUGAUCAGUUGAUUCGUGAUUUUCUUUCGUGUAAUAAUAAUUUGGAGUUUGAACCGCUUCAAGUGCAGAAAGAUUUAGUUGGUAGUCUGUACACAAUUUGUUUACAGAAUGCUCUAAGAGACAGCCGUCUACGAGAAAGAACAAGUACAAAUAAACAUCUUCUUGAGAAUGUUAAAUUAGCAGUGGAAACCUACAUGCUUCACACUGUGUACAAGAAAGUAAUAAAAGGUGUAACAGCCUGUACUGCUCAUGACGACGCCAAUUUGAAUAAAAUCAUUAGGAAUCUUUCAGAUAUCCAGUUGAGAGAUUUAGGUGUUCGCCAAGAUCUAUAUGAUACUGUGCCUUGGGCGAAGCAGGAACUCGCUCGUAUUGAUGGGUACAGUACUGUAUUGGGCAAGGUUGGCUGUCUGAAACGUAUGUUGGGAGCCAUCACAAAGCAACAUCCUAGCAAGAACAGUCCUGACCUUUUUGUUGGUAAUGUUAUUGCUGCAGAUGAUCUGUUGCCUAUGAUAGUUUUCCUUGUAAUUAAAACUGGUCUACCUAACUGGAUUGCUCACUUGACAUUUAUGAAACAGUUUCAUUUUUCAAAUCCGUCUAAAUGUCAAGUGGAUGAAUACAGUUUCUUAAUUACAUCUUUAGAAGCUGCAAUUGAACACAUUAACUCUGGUCUUUUCCUAGGAUCUUCCAUUCCAGAAGCUCAAAUAGUUUAUGAAGAAAAAUAUGACAAGUACAAGAAGGAUGAUGAGGAACAACAGAGAGUGUCUGCUGAGCCUAGUGGUAUUGAAUACUUGUUUGAACAGAUAAAACUGGGAAAUGAAAGUGAGGUGAAAGAUAUUCUGGAUAGAAGCAUUGGUUCAAAUUGUAUGAGAGAGAGAGAAUCAUCUACCAAGAAAAAUGAUAUAAUAUUGAAAUUAUGCCAUCCAUUAUGUUCCUGUGAUAAAUGCGAGAGUAUCAUUUCGAAAAGCUUGUGCAACACUACUCCCACAAUUAAUUCAUGUGAUGACAGAGGUUUCACAGCACUCCAUGUGGCCUGCAUGUUUGGGCGCCCAACUAUGGUUGAUCUUCUUCUGAAGUAUGGUUCUAAUGUUAAUGCCUGUGACUAUAGUGGUUCAACUCCUGUGCAUUAUGCUGCUGCCAAAGGUUAUCAGAAUGCACUGUUACUGUUGGCUCAUGCAGGUGCACACAUAGAUAUUGCUGACAACGAAGGCAAUACUCCACUUCAUUUGGCAUGUAAUAAUGGCCACGAAGGCUGUGUGAAGGCAAUCAUAUAUUUUGCUGAACAUGUUGGACUGAAAUUAAAUAUUAAUUGUGCAAAUAGUCAAGGUAAUACUGCUCUUCAUAAUGCUGCUCGCUGGGGUUAUGAGGGUAUUGUCCAUUUGCUUUUGGAAAAUGGUGCACGGCCAGGAGCAGAGAAUAAACGCCACAUAACACCCCUUGAUUAUGCCCACAACAUCCACAUUACAAGGCUUCUGAUGAGGGCCAUAAAAACAAUGCCACCAAGUGGUUUAAUGCCUGGUAGUAGUAAUGGCAUUGUAACAAACCUCACAUCAAAAAGCAAAGAACUCCAUGUAGCAGCUUCAUCAAAGAAGACUCUUGAUUUCAGCGACAGUGUGAAACCCAGGAAAGUGUCAGGUGCAUCGCUGCAGAAAGGUUCAAAGACAAAAAAAGUAUUUUAUGGAGUCUUGCCCGAGACUACACAGGGGAUGCGGAAUGUAGAGAAGCUUCUGAAAGCAAUAGCUGCUGGUGACACAAGACUUGCUUGUUAUUACAUGGGACUUGAUGCUAAUGAUGAAGCUGCAUCACAGAAGGCAGAACAGCCAGAACAACAGCAUGAAAAAUGUCACCCAUUAUGCACUUGUGAAAAGUGUCAACCGGAAAAUGAUGUUAAUUCAGAUGAAAAUGGAACUGAUGAAGAGCACUCACACCAUAUACUUGAUGUUAAUGUUUGUGAUGGUGAGGGCUUUACACCAUUACAUGUUGCAGCUAUGCAUGGGCGUUUAGAUCUUACACGUUUGCUGAUUGAUGCUGGUGCACUAGUAGAUGUACGGACUCGGACCAAAGCUGCAACACCACUUCACUUUGCUUGUCAAAAUCAGAGACUUCAGGUUGUGCAGCUUCUGUUAAGGCGGUCUGCAGAUCCAGAUAUUCAGGAUUGGCAUGGGAACACAGCUUUGCAUUAUGCUUGUUAUGUUGGCAGCAUAAGACUUGUUGAAACAUUGUUGCAGCUUGCAUCUCCAAGGUUGGAUUUGAAGAAUGCAUCUGGUAAAUCAGCAGUACAGGAAGCUGAAGAGAAGAUGGCUCUUACCAUUGUCAAACUGUUGCGUGGAGGGAAGCAAUUUGUUGGAAAUGGUGAUGAGAGUAAAGACUGCUGAAGGGAAUUGUGUACUGAAUGGUUUUGCUACUGAGUGAAAGAAAAAAUAUUUUAGUACAGUAUUUACCAGUAUCAACAUUUAUAUUAUGUCUAUAUGUAGUUACUUUUUGGCCUGUGAGCAACAUUCAUUGAUGUUAAGGCUUCAUUUGCUUGCUUCAGAAAUUAAGACAUAUAGAUGUUAUUAGUGUAUUAUUAAAAUAACUGUUAGCAGUUUCCCUAUAAUUUAACUGUUUCAAGAUCUCUGUGUUCAACAAGUCGUUCAGAAACCUUAUGUAUCAAGAAUGCUGUAUAUUUAUUAUACACCACAAGAUUCAGAUGUUAGUAGACAGUGCAUUGUAAUUUUCUUUUAUCAGCCUAAGUAGGCUACAGUGUACAACAUAGUCCUGAAAGAAAUGAAUUCUUUGUGCGAGAAUGUGUUUUCGUAAUGUUCCAUGAAGUAGAAUCUUCAUGUGUCUGUUAUUAGAGGAAUUAAUUCAUAAAGUAAGAAAACUGUUUGAGCAAAGUGUCCAGUUGCAAUAAAAUUCUCUUGGGAAUGCAGAAUAAAUAAUGGAUUAGCGAACACAGGUCUAUAUGUUGUCAUCUGAUGGGUUUUUUCUUUAGCUACUAAAGAAUUGUACUGUAUGUGAAAAGUGAAAUGUAAACAAAAAUGAGCAAAGGUAAUGCUGAUGCUUAUAUGACUUUUAUGAGGCCUUACUGAAUUUAUAUUUGUUUCUGACUGGUGUUGAUUUUUAAGGCUGGUGGCCUUCAUGGUGAAAAAGCACUUAUAAGCAGAUAGUAAACAGUACAACAUUUUGAAUCUGUCUUUCAUUUUUAAGUACUAAAUUGCUAUACUGUGGAGCAGUGAAAAGUGCUAUUCUCUUGUACUUGAAAGGCAUUACUUUACAAUGAUAUGCAAAAGCACAUGUGUGUGUUUUACAAUUUUCUUUGCCUUUGAAAGAUCUGUCACCAAUUUAUUAUUUCCAUCACAUUUAGCAAUGUGACUUGGUCAGGCACUUCAGAAAAAGUGUCACUAUUCAUGACUUACCUUAGUUAUGUUCUUUACAGUGAUGGUCUCCUGUUAUAGGAAUAUAUUGCCUUACUAUACUUUUGAUUUUCAUUUUGUUAAGAGUUCAUGGUUGCUGAAACCCAAUUUUCAUUCAGAAGACCAUACAUUUUGAAUUAUGAUAUGUUUUACUUCAUUAGUAGAUUUUGCGUAACCAUUCAGUACAAGUGAUCUGUAAGCUUUACGGUUUUACUGUGAUCUCCCCAACAAUGUCCCAUGAAAGUCAAUGCUAUUUUGGAGUUGUUUGUGAUCCACAGCAUUCUGUUACUUUUUAUUAGAUUUUUUUUUAAUUUUUAUAACUUGUUCCAAACCAUAUAUGUUUAAUAAUGCAACAUAGGCUGCUUUAAUCUGAAUCCUGGGUAACUGGCAUUUUUAUGGUGUGUGUAUGCAUGGUUGCAUAAAUCUUGAUGUUCUUAUUGGUGCUAACCAUUUGGUGCUAUGUAAAGUAAAUCUGCUUAUUUUUAAAUUGUUAUUAAUUACUUUAUGUGGUAUGUUCAUGGUUUUUGUAACAGCAACAUUAAUACAGUGGCAGUUACUUUUGGAGAUUAACACUUGGAAUUUUGAAGUAAUAAUUUGUUAUUAAAAGAUAUGAUUGAAGGGAAAUUACAAAACCAUUCUCAGCAGAAGGAAAGAUUGGAACUGAAGAUGUUCAUUGUGUAAAAUAUUUCUAAGUUGGGUUUCCACAUGCACUGAAAACUUUCUUAUGGAUACUCCUCACUGUCUGCAUUAUAAAACACUUUGCUGUCUGUAAAACUGACAGUCAGAGAAGUUAAAAGCUGUUUCAUUUACUGGCGUAGUAUCACUUCCUGCAACACUGCUGAAGAUUCUCUGCUGAUCAUGAUAACAGGUGGAAAUUCAUCCAUUCUGCUUCUGUUCAUUCUCUUGGCCCUGUUUUAUUUCAUAGUCUAUCUGACACUGUGUCAGGGAAGUGAGAUUUAUGUGUAACUAGCUAGGUACUGUUUGUGGGGCAGUGUACGUUUAGAAUCAGAGGAAGAUGUGAUAGAAAUUAAAGAGGGAAGCCAUUGCCAGAGAUUGCACACGCCUACUGAAGAAAUUUCCCAGAAACGAAAAUAAAAUCACAAUCUUGUAUAUGAUAAGUUUCACUCUUGCCAUUCUAGGGGCAUUCGUGCAUUGUAUUUGAGUGUCACAUUGUGUCUUCUGAAUAUUUCACAUGUAUCAAACAGAGAUUUAGUGUAGCUACGGUCUGGGGAAUGCUUCCACAAUGAAAUAUUCUUUCUUCCAGAUGUGCUGGUCCUGCAAAUUUGCAUGAGAACUUCUGUGAAGUUUGAAAGGUAGAAAGUGAGGUACUGGUGGAACUAAAGCUGUGAGUGCAGGUCGUAACUCAUGUUUGGGUAGCUCAGUCAGUGGAGCACUUGCUCAAUGUCCCAGCUUAGAGUCUUCAUCUGGCACACAGGUUCCACCUGUCAGGAAGUUUCACUCAGUAAUUUGUUGACCGUUAAUCUCCAUGUUGACUGUGUGGUUACCCAUGUGAAUAGGAACUGUUUACUCAGUUUUGCGUGUCAUCCUUAUGACAAUUUGAGAGAGAAUGUAAGUGAUUUUACUAGUAACUUUUUUCUACUCCAGGUCACAUUUAUUUAAGCUGAUAGUCAUGGUGAUGGUUGGAUUCGGUUGUUUCGGGGAGAAGACCAGACAGCGAGGUCAUCGGUCUCAUCGGAUUAGGGAAGGAUAGGGAAGGGUCGGCCGUGCCCUUUCAAAGGAACCAUCCCAGAAUUUGCCUAGAGCGAUUUAGGAAAUCACGGAAAACCAAAAUCAGGAUGGCCGGACACGGGAUUGAACCGUCAUCCUCCCGAAUGCGAGUCCAGUGUGCUAGCCAAUGCGCCACCUCGCUCGGUCACUAGUCAUGGUGAAAACUGUUAUGCCCUGCAGCUGUUCAGUGAGACAUUAAAGAGCUCUACUAACAGAAGUGUCUAAUUUAGUGACUAUCAUCACAAGUCAGUCAGAUGCUUUUGGCUUGAUGUUUCAUAGCCGAACCAUUUUCUCAUAGAGCUUAGGACUUGUUAGUAAUUUGUUCUAAAGAAAUGAUCAUCACUUUUUGUAAUUUUCCACUCUUUGUUAUUACGUUGUAUUGCCUGAGUAAUGACAUGCUUUAAUUUUCCAUCAAAGAUGUCAAACACUGGCAUGUCAUGUGAUGCUUCGUCUUUCCUUUCUACCCUGUUGAUUUUAUGUACAGUGGUUUUCUUUUAUUUGUGCUUGUAGAUUGUUUGCAGAAUUGUCCAGAUGCUUCACAUCAUCUCUAUACUUUUCUCUUUGGCUUGUGCUUUAAUUGUUGACAUUUAUAGGUACUAUUGUAGUGGGUGGAUUGAUUUCCAAAAACUAUUCUAGAUAAAUCUCUUGAUUGGGAGGAUGAAGAUGCAGAAUGGACUUAGCUCAGACUUAACAGAAGCAAAAGUGAUUACACUGCUGAUGAUGAUUCUUCAGUUUAAAUAUCCACACUGCUUGACAGAUCUGUUUAAACUGUGGUUAAUUUACUUCAUUGGGAAAAACAAGUUAAUAAAGUAUAUCAGUGUUUACAUAGGUAAACAGUACUGCCACAGAUGAUAAAUGAUCAUACUUAUUAAUGUCUUGUAGAGAGAAAACAGCAUUAUAACAUACAUACAUAAUGGUCUGCAACAAAGCUGCAGAAGUAUACCAAGUUGCUCUUGCUGGUUUGUGAAGACAAAAAACCUCACUCUCCAACUGCUGCUGCUGCUGCUGCUGCUGCUACCAUGGCAUCAAGGGAAGGUGUACCGCACCUCUCAGUAGUCAUACUGUUAAUUUCUGAUUGAGAAUAAACAGUUAUAUUAUCCAUAAUUUCUUACAGAAAGUUGUUUAGAGUUCAUCUGUGUAUGCUUAUGACAUUCUGUAACAAUACAGUAACUACGCUGCCUUAGGUAUGGUAAUUAUUCUGAAUAUAAUUGAAAACAUACACAACUCAUUUAAUUUUUCUUUUGAAAUAGUAGGUAUGUACUUCUAAUGACUGUAAGGUGUUAAGCAAUGUCACAACUUGUUAGUGCUGCCAAAUCAGUUUAAUAUUGCAAUUAGUUUAAUAUUAUAGCAGUAGGAAUCCACAUUACAAGUACACUAAGAUGUUGUCUUUUCUUAUCCAUAAGUUAUGUGCAGAUGAAUUCCCUAUCCUUCAUUUUGGGAAUUUUUUUGUAUAGCUGCAAGCGUUCUUCUAUAUUAUGAUUAUAAUAGUGGUGUGGAUGUAAGAAGACAGGUGGUGGCAUGAUGCACAGUGCCAAGGAGCAUGUACCACUUCAUGCUCCAGCCAUUAAUGUAAUUGUAUCAUGUUUGCCUGUAGUACACACUCUGGGGCUGUGUUAAGUGUUGAUUUUCAUAUUAGUUUAGAUAUGAUGUGGUUAAUUAGCCACUAUACUCUUCAUUAUGAGUGACAUGCAGCAACACAAUAAGUAUUAUAUUAAGGAUCAACAGUGAUAGUUUCCAAAGCACAUAAAUUCUGGCAGGCAGAGCCAGAAGUGGAAACUGUGGCCAGAUACAGCGCUCACCCAUGCGUUGACAGUUAGUGGGGUAAGCAACAGCUGGAGUGUGAGGUACAGGAUGGGGCAGAGAGCACACUGGUCACACCAAAAAGUGUUCUGUCUGUCUCUUUGCACAGAAGCUGUUGUACAGCUGCCUUCUUACGUGCACCACGAUAUACUGAAAAGAUUUCUUCGAGCAACUGUGUAACUACACUUUUCCCAGGAGGCAGCAUCUACUACAGGAGGGUGUUAUCAAUAGACAUGGGUACAAAUUUCUUCACGUGAUGUUUUAGGACACCAUUCUAAUGGAUACACACAGUUUAAAACAGCAAUUUGUCUUUAGUGGAAACUCCUUACAUUCAAGCAACUGUGCAACAGAUUCAUGAUAAUUCCCUUGAAGGUUAAAGAAUGUGGCAUUGUUUAGAAGUACUAUGCACAUCAUGUCAACAUGAAGUUUCACUACCUCCCUGCCCUCUUUGCCCCCCCCCCCUCCCCUUUCCCAUAGAUCUGUCUUCACCACAGUCAGGUUUGGUUGUACCCAACUUACAAUGCGACUUACAAUGCAUAGGUGCCCCUCGAAUGGCAAGAGUGAAUCAUAUCAUCUUAGUAAUAGUAAUAGAUAUACUUUCUUCUGAACAUGCAGUUUGUUGAGUAUUUUGCUGAUGUCUUUGUUCCUUAUACAUUAGCAUUAUUUUUAUGAAGAGUAAUACCACAAAUUGUAUGUUGCUGUUACCUCUGGAUAUGCCAGUGGCUCUGAAUACCGGAAGAACUUUUGUUUCUCACUACAGCACAAUAGGGUAGAACACUCUCCACCUCAUCCCACUCCUACAAAAACAGCUGAAACACAAGAGUGCAGGCAGUAAAUUAAAUCUUGUGCUUACUGUUUGGGAAAAUAUUAAUGAAAGACAAUGGUGAUAUUUACAAAUAAAUUUAUGUAAGACAUGUAAUUGAACUAAUUUCAAAGCAUUAAUAACAAAUGAGACUGCAGGAAACAUAAUUGAUAUUUAUUUCCAGACUGUGUACAAUGUGAAAAGAUAAAGGAACAUUGAGCAUGUGGGACAAAAUUUUUUCUUUUUUCUUUUGUUAAUUUGUAAUAGUGUGUCUAGUCAUGUCUUAUGAGAAUUGGUUGAACAUUUGUGGGAAUUAAAUCCAUCUAAUUUUUUUUUGUGUCAUUAUAAUUGACAAAUAUUGUCUAACUAAACAUGUGUAACUAACAUGUUUGUAAUUUAAUAUGGAAAGAAAUUCUUUGAAAUCUUGACCUUCUCUUGUAAGUUUUUCUGUUACUGUUUUUAUUAAUAUGUGAUGAGAAGGUCUCACUGUUAUUUUUGGCGAAAAGAGAACCAUAACAAUACUUACAGCCAAGGUAACCCCUUUUUGAACCAUUUAGUAAUGAAACUAUGAAACAAACUGAAUUUGACAACAAGUUAUUCCUGGAAACAACUUUCAUUAUUUCAAGUAAGUACUGAAUACACAGAAAUGAGGAAAGGCUUUGCAACUGCUCUUGUUUUAGUUGAAUUAUAUACACACAACCACAUAGACACAUAAAUGCACCCACUGGCAGUGAUUUUUACUGAAGCCAAAGGCUGGGGUGUUUGGAGUGUCUGAGUGGUUAUGGGUGGUACAGUCUCUACUCAUUUUUGUUUGCUUCCAUCCUAGAAUUUCACUUAUAGAAGUUUGCAGAAUAUAUUAUAGAAUUGGAAUAUUCAGAGAUGUUUGAUCGUGGAGGUUCUUGUUCAUUUAAUAUAGGGAUUCAGUUGCUCUGUUUGUACCAAUUUACCCAUAUUGCUAAACUGUAUUGUUGAGCAGAAUCUUUUGUACAAUUUCGUACAAUCAUCUUGAAUUACCUUGUAUUUCUCCCUAGUCACACGGAAUCCCGUUUUGGAUAGGAAGGCAGCCAAAUGGAGCUUUGGAUUACUGUGAUACUGAUAAUUGUAAAUAUCAUUUGUAAAUGUUUUUGUAUAUGCUCAGCACGUUAUCUUAAAGUCUUGAUAAUUGUCGAUAGGUCUGUAUUUUUAUGCUGGAAUCUAGCUUCCGUAUAUGUUGAAAACUAAAACCAACUGGAGAAAGUGUUUUGUUAAUUUUAUAUUGUAUGUGUAAAUAGAUGUAAUUUUUUUAAGACUGAAAAAUUUUGAUGUCACAACUGGAAGCAUUGUAAUUUGUAUCAGACUGAUUUUUUUCAGCAAAUACAUAUUCUUAAUUACAA